AAAUCAAACAAGUUAAUUGCAAUUAAAAGUUAAAAAUGAUCAAACCAUCAGAAUCAGUUUUCCUAAUAAUUAAUGGAUUCUUAAUCAUUGGCUUGGUAACUUCAUUAACCAUAAGGGAUUUAAGGCCUUGUCCAAACACAGCUGCUCCAUUGUUAAAUUCAGUUGUCGCAAUUAACUGUACAGAGGAACCAUGUUUCUUUGGCAAAGUUAACGGUCUCUCAUUUCAAUUCAUUCUAACACCAGACAAAUCGGUAUCAGCGGUGAAUCUGCAGUUAACUGCCGUCGAUGGUUAUGGAAACAACUACGACAUCGAUACUGUCCAACGAACUACUUGUGCCGAUAAUAGUAAUUACUGUGAAUUAGAGGCCAAUGUCCCUCGAUGUUUUUCCGCUGGUGUCCGUCGUCGUUAUCUACCUGACGAUGAUCGUACCGAUUACUUUACCUUUCAAGCUCGAUUUACCGAUUCAAGGGGCUACUGUGUGGCCUGUAGCCGCUUCCUUUUAAACACUUACAUCAGAUACACCAGAGAAACAUAUGAUUACACAACGACCACACCUCGACCUUACAUCAACAAUCAACAAGGAAACAUUUAUGGGACAACAUCCCGACCGAUCUACACGACCGCUAAACCCUAUCAGCCCCAAUCCACUUAUAUUGGCCUGGAAAAUGCCCGACCGAUUGGUUCAUCUUUCACAUUUGAUAAAAAAAUCAUCGAUAAUUAAUUAGCUGAUUAUCAACAAAUUGCGAAACAGUUUUCCCUCUUACUCCUUUAAUUUGUCAAUCAAAAUUAAACCUUCUUAACUUGAUAAUCCUGAUGAUCGAUUAUCCUUGAAUCAAAUUAUCAUCAAUUAAUAAUCUAUUAAUAC